AUGUUUAGCUGCUUUAAAAAUUUUGAUGUGAACACUGAAACAUGGGAUCCUGUGAUUCUAACUAUUUUAUAUCAUAAAUUAGAUACUUACACAUCACGAGCUUACCAAUUGGAGCGUGGCAAUGAGUCCGAUCCUACUAUUAAGGAGUUCCUGCUGUUCCUGGAGAAGCGAGCCUUGGCCCUGGAGAAAGCAGAACCUACUACUGCCACCAAGACUCACUACAAGCCGGUGGUGAAUGUCGCUACACCUGCAGCUCUUUUAUGUGCUUAUUGGGUUAUUUUAUGCACUAUGAAAGCAUACUGGUGCGAAGGAACUGGAGCAAAAAAGCCAGCAAGCAAACAACGUAUUACGGAUUUAAAUAAUCAUCUGUCGGAAGUCGAUACUACUUUAUCCGAUCUUAAUGAGCAGUCAAUAUCGUUUGAUACACGGCUUAAGUCCGUAGAAAAUCAAGUCUCUAAAGACAACUAUUUAUCUGACAAAUUAGAUGUUAUGGAGAUCAAACUGGCUGCAAUGGAGUAA